AAUAAUCAAUUAAUUGUUUGCAAUUAUUAGCUUUACAUAUGUUUAAAUUUUAAUUAUUGACAGGAUCUCUACUUGAUUCGUAUGGCUUCUAUAGCUGAAAUACACGGCAUAUUACAGAAUAUAUGUACACAGGACGAGGCGGUAGAUGUUCUGAUAUGGGCAAACCCUGUCUCUUCUGCACAUCUCUGUCAUGAAACGGGCUCUCCACUUCCACUUAAAACUGUUUUAUGCGUUGAGGGUGUUCCUUGGAGCCAUAGUAUAAUAUUUGAUAGAAAGAAACUAUUCAAAUGGCAGUACAAAGAAGGAGAAGGCAUUGUGGGCAAUGCACUUAAAUAUAAUCGACCUUUCUACGUUCCUCUCACUGAGUUGAAAGAAAAUGUUUGCCCAUAUAUUGGCCAGGAUUGCAAAAAAGUUUUUUCUUUUGGUGCUCUUGCAAUUAAGCUUAGCAGUGCUUACGCCAACUGUGGUGAUUAUGAGUCGAGUUUUGGUCUGAAGGGCCAUCUAGUUGAGCUACCUGAACAUGACACUGCAAUAUCAGAUACCAUGCUUGUGAGAAGCAAUCCACCAUCUCAAUCAACUAGUGAUUUCAAUUUAAAUCUGAUUAACCAGACAGUUGGAAAUGCUAUGGAUGGGCAAUUGCCUAUGCAACAGCUACUUUACACUGGAGUUUUAGAUGCCAUGCCCACACAAGGCAAUCUACAAGCUCAACCAGCUGAUGAUUUUGGUUCUAAAGGGAAAACCUUUGUGGUUAACCCAGGGGAUGGGAAUGUUUUGCAAUGGCCUCCUGAACAGGGUCCUCCAAUUAAGCCACAUGUAAGUGUAACUUCAAAUAUCAAGGCCUCGGGAGAGAAUAUAGUGGCUCCACCAAUUGGUGAUUUCAAUUUGAAUGGAAGAAUAUCCUCUUGUGGGAAUAAUCAGAUAGCUCAAUAUCAUGUUACAGAUAUACAAGUGCCUCAUAAACAGCCGAAGUUUGAGUUUAAAUCUGAAAAAGAUCUUGAAUCUCACAUACUUCAUGUCUACAAUGAAGAGAAGCAUAAACUUUGUAGAUAUUUUGAUGAGCUUUCUUGUCGCUUUAAUCUGACGAUUAAUUUGUGGAAGGAUGAUGCUAAAGGGAUGGUAAAUUGUUGCUUGACAACGCACUUUAUUGAUGAUAGUUGGGAAUUGAAGAUGGUGGUUCUUACUUUUAAAAGAUUUGAGAAUGAUUUUGGUGCAAUAUCAUGGUCUAAAGUUAAUGAGAUGCUGCUUUCAGAUUGGAAUAUCAAUAAGGAAGCAUGUUCCCUAACAAUCCACAAUUCCUUCUCAAAUGAUGAGAUAGUUCACCAUGAAGAAAAUUCACCUUCUAGUAUUUUCUACCUUAGUUAUGAUAAGUGCAUUAGUGACAUAAAUUAUAUGGCUGCAGAUAUAUCUUUGAAAAGCAUUUAUCAAGUGUACAAGGAGGUGAAUCAUCUACAAAAUAAGGUUUAUACGUUGAUGAGCGUGGAAUGUGGUAACAAUCAAAGAAUCUGCAGCUUAAUUUUGGCUGUUGUUACUAUUCUUCACCCAAACUUGAAGCUUAAAUUUGUGCAGUUUGUGUAUGAGGAAAUUUAUGGGGUUGUCGUUGCAAAGCAACACUUGAAUGAGAUUUUUGAUUUUCUUACAAGUGUUUAUGAUGAAUAUGCAUAUGAUCGGAGCAGUAAAAGAGAAGUCGCUACAGCUAUUGGUGAUACAAGUUGUUCAGCACAUCUCAAUGCUAAUGAUAGAGUGUUGGAUUCCUUUCAGAAGUAUUUAGCAACCAAACCAAAUCGGCUAGAAUUUUAUCAGUAUCUGGAAGAUGAGGAAUCCUACUUGAUGGAAAUUGGCAUAUUAAAAUGGUGGCAAAACAACAGCUCUAAAUUUCCUACGAUGGUGAAGAUGGCUCGUGACUUCUUAGCCAUACCUUUGUCAACCAUUGUGUCAAAUUCUGCAUUUACCACAGAGGUUAAAAAAAUUGUUUCUAGCAAUAGUGAUCAAGAUUUGAAGAUCAUAAAUGCAAUCAUAUGCUGCCAAGAUUGGUUAGCAUCAGUAAAAACAUUAGACAAUGAGAAGAGUGACGAAAAGUUAAGGAAGGAGCUAAGAGUACGGUCAGAAAAGGAUGUUCGGGAAUACUUGGUUUGGGAUUUUACAAAAGAGGAUUUACAGCAGUUGAGAAAUUGGAAGAAUCAUAAAAGCAAAGGACAAUUGAAGGUCAAAGAAUCAAUCUUAACUCCUUUUGUCAUCCCUCUACUUGAUGCUAUUAUCCAAGCAACACCGCAACUGUAUUAUAUUGGGGAUGAGGCCAUGAAUACAUACUUUGAUUUACUUAAGAGAAGGUCCGAAGAAAAUCCAAACAUGUUCUUGAAGCACGAUUAUGUGGAUUCUUCAACAGUGAGUUUCUUACUUGAUGGAUGCAAGCCUAUUGUGCCAAGUUGGAUCACUCCUGAGAAACAAAUCAAUACAUGCAAGUUGUUUCUGCCAUCUUGUUUGUCAAACCAUUGGACUCUUUUCUAUGUUGACAUCAAGGAUCACAAAUUUGUAUGGUUGAAUCCACUUAGAGAUACUACAAAAGUGCCCAGUGUUCUUAUAAAACAAAUUAGGAGCUGGUUUGAAAAUACUUUAUUGCCUGCCAUGGGCCUGAACAGUGCUAUGAAUUGGCCUCUCCAUGUUCCAAUGGAUAUUCCUCAGCAACAAAAUGCAAUUGAUUGUGGCAUUUUUGUAAUGAAGUAUGCGGAUUGCCUUACACAUGCCAAUUGCAUUGGUUUCCCCUUUUCUCAAAAGGACAUGCCUCACUUUCGGAGGCGUAUAUUUCUUGAUUUACACAAUCAAAGAAUACAUGUUCCUGAAAGCCUGCAGAGUAAAGCAGAUGGAAUGAUUUUCUAAUCAAUGAUCAAUUUUUUUCUCUGCUAAUACUUGUAAUGGUCUUUUUCCUUUGUUUUAAUACCAACCAAUGUUUUUGGACCCGGCCCGGCCCGGUCGGUUGAA